CCAGGGAGUCAGACGUGGCGCUCUACGGCUGCCAGCUGGGGAAGGUGCAGGCGUCGCUGGGGGACUGCAAGCUGCAGUGCGUCAGCCACGAGAGCGAGGCAUGCACCCUGAUCACCUACUACAAGACAUCGACCAGCAGCAACUGCUACUUUCACUGCGAGUCGGCGGCGAGGCGCGCUUACGGAGAUCAGGGGCGCCAUACAUCACGACGACGAGACGCUCCAAGAUGUCCACGAAUUUUCCAGACCUCCUGGCGGUCCUGUUGUUCCGCGCAGGCUCCAGAAACGAGGGCCGCCAGAUAUCUGAGAUCCGACGUCACGAACAAGUCAGGAGGGAAAGAAACACACAGACACAAUUAAUCGUCGACUCCC